GCUGUCACCGCCGAGGGCGCCCGUAGGAAGGAGCGCAUCCUCUGCCUGUUUGACGUGGACGGGACUCUCACGCCUGCUCGCCAGAAGAUUGACCCCGAGGUGUCCACUUUCCUGCAGAAGCUGCGAAGCAAGGUACAGAUUGGCGUGGUGGGCGGCUCUGACUACUCCAAGAUUGCUGAGCAGCUGGGGGACGGGGACGAAGUCAUUGAGAAGUUUGAUUACGUGUUUGCGGAGAAUGGGACGGUGCAGUAUAAGCAUGGACGACUGCUCUCCAAGCAGACCAUCCAGAGCCACCUGGGGGAGGAGCUGCUCCAGGACUUGAUCAACUUCUGCCUCAGCUAUAUGGCCCUGCUUAGGCUGCCCAAGAAGCGUGGCACCUUCAUCGAGUUCCGGAAUGGCAUGCUGAACAUCUCGCCCAUUGGUCGCAGCUGCACACUGGAGGAGCGGAUCGAGUUCUCUGAACUGGACAAGAAGGAGAGGAUCCGGGAGAAAUUUGUGGAAGCCCUGAAGACGGAGUUUGCAGGCAAAGGGCUGCGGUUCUCCCGAGGCGGCAUGAUCAGCUUUGAUGUCUUCCCUGAGGGCUGGGACAAGCGCUGCUGCUUGGACAGCCUGGACCAGGACAGCUUUGACACCAUUCACUUCUUCGGAAAUGAGACCAGCCCUGGUGGAAAUGACUUUGAGAUCUACGCUGACCCCCGGACUGUGGGCCACAGCGUGGUCUCCCCUCAGGACACGGUUCAGCGGUGCCGUGAGAUCUUCUUCCCUGAGACAGCCCACGAGGCAUGAGCAGUCCUCACACCUGACUCUGACUUCCAGAGAGCUCUCCCGGGCCCACAGAAGGACGCCGGCACCUGCUGGGGCGGGGGAGCCUGCUCGAGGCCGGUCCGCAGGGUGGACGGCUGUGGCCUUAGCCGCUCCUCGUAGUUUGGAACAGAGCGUGUCCCGCUACACUAGAAGGAGACGCGCGAGGGUACGACGUGGAGCCACCCCGCCCGCCUGCCCUGCAGAGGAAGUGCAGAGCAGGCACGGGCACAUCUCAGCACUUGGUGUCACGAGCAUUAAAGGUCCCAGGACAAGG